AAGUGCGCGUAAAGUGCAAGUAUCCUUAAAAGUGGAGUUGGCAAUGUCUGUGUGCAGAUGUCCAGGAUGCUAACAAAUUGUGCCAAUGUGCUCAGAAGACACCAUCAAAGAUCUAAAGAAACUCAUAGCUGCUCAGACAGGAACGCGAUGGGAGAAGAUAGUUCUGAAGAAGUGGUGAGCGCAGGAGACUUCUGCCUUUUUAAGCUCUUGCUCCCACCGCAUAUUACUAGCGGACAUGAGUUAUGCAGGUACACAAUAUUUAAGGACCAUGUGACGCUAAGUGACUAUGAAAUUCAUGACGGAAUGAACCUGGAGCUGUACUAUCAGUAACCGACCUCUCUCCUUUACCAAGCGCGUUCUCUUCUGUGUUAUGGAGGUAUACACACAAGGGCUGGAGUCCUCCUACUUGGAUUGCUGGAACAGUACUUUGUAGCCAUCUUAAAGACUAUACUCACUAUCCAUUACAUCUACAUUUAUUUUCUGUUAAUUAGUUCUUAAAAUAUAUUAAAGACAAACCAUUUUGACUAA